ACAUUCGUGUUGACAUUUCCUUCGUGUGUAAAUGUAGCUGUUCAGCAAUAUCCACAGAAGCAGCUAAAACAGAAGGUGAUGUUUCGGUACGUUCUGCGCUUAUUCCCGGUUCUUCCCGGUUGGAAACAACUCUUCACGCGCAUAAUGAAGAAAAGCGAAAGCAAAAGUGUUUCAUUAUGACUCCUUGCAUGAAAGACAGCGGGCGAAACACUAAUGAUCACGAUCGAGUUAUGACUGUAUUAUAGCUCUGUGUAAUUUGUAGUCAUUAUGGACAUUAAAUGUGUUUAUAUUUCAGUUCUCCUGAUGGUCGCUGACGGGUUCACUGUGCGCGGUUCCUCUGGUCCUCUGGUCGCUCCUCUGGGAUCUUCAGUGGUUUUGCCCUGUUAUGUUGAUGAACUCUUACUGAUGGAGGGUCUGGAGGUGGAAUGGAGAAGAACAGACCUCACACCUGAACAGGUUUCGUGGAAGAAAAGUGAUGAAGAUGAAGAUAUUCUGGUUCUGCUCUACCAAAACAAACAGACUUUGCCAGAUUCAUCAGAUGAGCAUUACAGAGACAGAGUUGAGUUCUUCACUGCUGAAAUCCUCAAAGGAAACUUCUCUCUCAGACUGAAGGGUGUCAGAGCUGAGGACAGAGGAGUUUACGUGUGUCAAGUGUUUGCUGGAGAACUUUCAGCCAAUGCAACUGUGGUACUGAAGACACUGGGUUUCUCUUCUUUGCACGUAAUGGUGUUGGUUUUCUGUUUUGCUGCUGGAUCUGGAGCUGUUCUUCUGCUCUGCUGUCUGAUCUACUGCAGAUCAACAAACACAGUCUCCAGCAGCACAAUCUGGAGUCUUCAGCUUUCUCUGGUCUUUUGUCCAAAUAUCUGUAUGUCCUUCGCCUUCAUCUUCUGCGCUCUUACUGAAGGAUUUCUGCACGAGACCAUUACCUGCUGUGCUCUUUAUAUUCUGAGACCUGUUAUGUUGAUUUGGGCUUUGCCCUGUUUAAACUAUCUUCAAGGUAGGUUUAUUUAUUUAUUUUUUAAUUAAGCAGUUAAAUACAAUAAAACAUCAAAUGCUGAAGCAUUUUUUUAAUUCCACAAACUCAGCCCUCAGAUAAUUUUUAGUAAUGUUUUAGUAAAUCAAGGGAACGAAAUAGUAAAUUGUGCGCUUGUUUUAGUAAAUCGAAGCAACAAAAUAGUAAAUCGUGACCGUUUUAGUAAAUUAAGGCAAUGAAAUAGUAAAUCGGGUGUGUUUUAGUAAACCGAGGGAACGAAAUAGUAAAUCAUGCGCAUGUUUUAGUAAAUUGAGGGAACGAAAUAGUAAGUCGUGCACACGUUUUAGUAAAUUGAAGGAACAAAGUAGUAAAACAUGCACUCGUUUUAGUAAAUCGAGGGAACAAAAUAGUAAAUCACACUCAUUUUAGUAAAUCGAGGGAACAAAAUAGUAAAUCGUGCACGUUAUAGUAAAUCGAGGGA